CUUCGUGGAGUCGUCCGCAAGCGAACACGUAACAACGGCGCAUUGAACGACUUGGCUUGGCGGAGUGUUCUCUCUUUCUACUGGAUUUCGCCGUCGUCUUCUUCUUCUUCUUCUUCUUCUUCUUCCACUACUGGCAGUGGUGCCAUCAAACCACGUCCAUUGUAAUUUACGUUCUCUCAUCUGAAAUUUGGUGUUAACGUAAUUAAUUGUACGAAGCCAUUUCGCUUCUUUUUCGGUAAUUCCAGGCUAGCGAUUAUUGUUUCUCUCGAGAUUUUGGGUGGUUCGGUUUUAAUGGUUCCUUUUCUCGUACCCUGCCGUCUGGUUUCCGAUAAACAUUUGGAAAUUAUUAUUCCUGAAAAAUCUGAUUCGUUCCUUGGACAAUUGGUCAUUUCCUUCCAGCAAGCAAAUUUUCUUUUCUUUUCUUGCAGUUUCUUGGCAAGUGGCAACCAAACCGAGUAAUUUCUGAAACCCUACCCAACUGGAUUCAAAGACCUAAAAAUGGUUUAUGCCCACGGAUUUGCUUCUCUUUCCGGUCCGGGAUUGACUUAUGUUUAUUCGUCCCGAUGGCAUCGUCUUCCUCUUCCGCAAUUUCAUCGGAAUUUUACCAUUGAAUCGUGUUAUUGGGUUUCGAUUGCUACAGUCAACAGGUUUGCUGUGGCGAAGCCGAGUAAAAUUAGGAGUUUUAGGUUGUUGAAGUCGGUUGAGUUGGAUAGGUUUGUGACCAGUAACGGUGAGGAUGAAAUGAGUGAGGGUUUCUUCGAGGCGAUUGAGGAAUUGGAGCGGAUGACGAGGGAGCCCUCCGAUGUUCUCGAGGAAAUGAAUGACAGGCUCUCUGCCCGUGAAUUGCAACUUGUGUUGGUUUACUUCACACAAGAGGGGAGAGACUCUUGGUGUGCGUUGGAGGUGUUUGAGUGGCUUCAGAAGGAGAAUCGAGUUGAUAAGGAGACAAUGGAACUUAUGGUUUCUUUAAUGUGCGGGUGGGUGAAGAAGUUGAUUGAAGCGAAGCGUGAUGUUGGAGAUGUGGUUGACCUUCUCGUGGACAUGGAUUGUGUUGGUCUGAAACCUAAUUUUAGUAUGAUCGAAAAGGUAAUAUCUUUGUAUUGGGAUGUAGGGGAGAGGGAGGGAGCGGUUUUGUUUGCCAAGGAGGUUUUGAGACGAGGUAUUGCCUACUCAGAGGAUGGUCAGGAAGGGCAUAAGGGAGGCCCAACUGGUUAUCUUGCAUGGAAGAUGAUGGCAGAUGGUAAAUACCUGGAUGCAGUCAAAUUUGUGAUUCGCCUUAGAGAAUCCGGGUUGAAGCCUGAGGUCUACAGCUACCUGAUUGCUAUGACAGCUGUGGUGAAAGAGCUGAAUGAAUUUGCCAAAGCAUUGCGCAAGUUAAAAGGUUUCAGCAAGGUUGGUUGGAUUGCUGAACUGGAUUCAGAAAAUGUUAGGCUUAUUGAGGGAUAUCAAUCAGAUCUUCUGGCUGAUGGAGUAUGUUUGUCCAGUUGGCUGAUUCAAGAGGGAGGCUCUUCAUUUUAUGGGAUGGUGCAUGAGAGGCUGCUUGCCAUGUUCAUUUGUGCUGGCCGCGGACUGGAGGCUGAAAGACAGUUGUGGGCUAUGAAGGUAGUGGGUAAGGAGGCAGAUGGGGAGCUUUAUGAUGUUGUUCUAGCCAUCUGUGCUUCCCAGAAGGAAACAGGUGCCGUCACACGAUUGCUUUCUAGAAUGGAGGUUACAAGUUCUGUGCGUAAGAAAAAAACGUUGUCAUGGUUGCUAAGGGGGUAUAUUAAAGGUGGUCAUUUUGAUGAUGCCGCAGAUACAGUGAUUAGAAUGCUGGAUUCUGGUUUGCAUCCAGAGUUUCUGGACAGGACAGCCGUGCUGCAAGGACUAAGAAAAAAUAUUGGACGGACUGGAAAUGUGGAAGCUUACCUCAAGCUCUGCAAGCGUCUCUCUGAUGAAAAUUUGACUGGACCUUGUUUGGUUUAUGUGUAUAUGAAGAAUUACAGGCUUUGGAUAAUAAAAAUGCUUUGAUCACUCAAAUAAGAAGUUGUGAGGUACUUACUUUGAAUCCGAGAAACGAGAUUCAGCUACUAAGACCCCACUUUGUAUUGCAAAUCCAUGUAUAGAUAACAUAUGUAUAGUUCUCAUGGCUUUAAGAGCAGUAUAAAGAUUUUGUCGGAGCAGCUCAAUUAUGCAGAUUAUUGUGAUAUUUAAAAUGCAUUUUGAGUAUUUUGCUCUCAAUUUCAAACUGAAAACAGUUGUAUAAAUGGUGGAUGCCAUAAACCUAAUUAGAAAUAUUACAUGUAAUAGAAAGGCUGUACAUGUUUGCACAGGUAUGUCCUCAUAUUCUUGUUCCUUUCUGCC